AUGGCGGACCAACUCAACAUGGGUGGGCUCAACCUGGGCCCUGAGGGCCAAGGCGGCCCUCCUACCGGAGCUCGCUCUUACAUUCCUCCUCAUAUGCGCAACCGCCAGCCGAAUGGACCUGCCCCAGUUAACGGCGGUGGUCCUCCCCCAGCGGCGGCUGCUCAGGGAGCCCCCAACGGUCUGGGCAACAGCUCCUGGGCUGGUCAAAACCAGAACUUCCCUGCCCGCCAAGGCAACUGGAGCAACGGCCCAGAGGGCGGUGCACCCGGUGGCGCCCCCGGCGGCGGCAACUACCAGAACAACAACCGACGCGGUGGUUGGAGCGGUGGUGGUGGUCGUGGCGGCUACGGUGGAGGAUAUGAGGGCGGCCAUGGUGGCGGCGGCGGCAACUACUCUGCUCGAGGCUCCGGCGACGGACAGUGGAGGGACGGCAAGCACAUCCCCGGUCCAGCCAACCCCAGAGUCGAGCGUGAGCUCUUUGGUACCAUCGACGACCCUUCCAAGCAACACACUGGUAUCAACUUCGAGAAGUAUGACGAUAUUCCCGUUGAGGCCUCUGGACGUGACGUGCCAGAGCCUGUCAACCAGUUCCUUAGUCCUCCUCUGGAUGAGCAUCUGUGCCGCAACAUUGAGCUCGCUCACUACAAGGUCCCCACACCUGUCCAGAAGUACUCUAUUCCCAUUGUCUCGGGUGGCCGUGAUCUGAUGGCCUGUGCCCAGACUGGUUCGGGUAAAACUGGUGGUUUCCUCUUCCCUAUCCUUUCUCAAGCAUUCCUGAACGGACCUUCACCUGUCCCUGCCUCUGCCGGUGGCGGUGGUGGUUUCGGACGUCAGCGCAAGGCCUACCCUACUUCUCUGAUCCUUGCCCCUACCCGAGAACUGGUCUCUCAGAUUUAUGACGAGUCCCGAAAAUUCGCCUACCGAUCCUGGGUUCGACCCUGCGUCGUCUACGGUGGUGCUGAUAUUGGCUCUCAGCUCCGUCAAAUUGAGCGAGGCUGCGAUCUGCUUGUUGCUACUCCCGGACGAUUGGUCGAUCUCAUAGAGCGUGGUCGCAUCUCCCUUUGCAACAUCAAGUACCUGGUUCUUGACGAGGCUGAUCGUAUGUUGGACAUGGGUUUCGAGCCUCAAAUCCGCCGCAUUGUCGAGGGUGAGGAUAUGCCUGCCGUUGCCGACCGCCAGACUCUGAUGUUCUCGGCCACCUUCCCCCGCGAUAUCCAGAUGCUCGCCAGGGACUUCCUUAAGGACUACGUUUUCCUUUCCGUCGGUCGUGUCGGUUCUACCUCUGAGAACAUUACUCAGCGCAUUGAAUACGUCGAAGACGUUGACAAGCGCUCUGUCCUCCUUGAUAUUCUCCACACCCAUGCCGGCGGCCUGACUCUCAUCUUCGUUGAGACCAAGCGCAUGGCGGACUCUCUCUCCGACUUCCUCAUUAACCAGAACUUCCCUGCCACCUCCAUUCACGGUGAUCGUACCCAGCGUGAACGUGAGCGUGCCCUGGAAUUCUUCCGAAAUGGACGCUGCCCCAUCCUCGUUGCCACUGCCGUUGCCGCCCGUGGUCUCGAUAUCCCCAAUGUCACCCACGUUGUCAACUAUGACUUGCCUACUGACAUUGAUGACUACGUUCACCGUAUCGGUCGUACUGGUCGUGCUGGAAACACGGGUAUUGCCACUGCCUUCUUCAACCGUGGCAACCGUGGUGUCGUCAGAGAGCUUAUGGAGCUCCUCAAGGAAGCCAACCAGGAGAUCCCAGCCUUCCUCGAGACUGUCGCUCGCGAAUCAUCCUUCGGCGGUGGCCGCGGUGGCCGACCUCGUGGCGGUGGGGGACGUGGCGGCGGUGCCAACCGCGACUUCCGUAAGUUUGGCGGAGGUGGCUUUGGUGGUAACAGCGGAGGUGGUGGCGGCUUCAACGGCCCUCAAGGCGGCGGUUUUGGCGGCAACUACAACGGACCUCCUCAGAGUGGUGGCUAUGGCGGCGGCGGCGGCGGUUACAGCGGUGGUGGUGGUGGCGGCGGCGGCAACUUUGGCGGCAGCUACGGCAACCCUGGUGGUCCCGGAAGCCAGUCGUCCUGGUGGUAA